AGCUAUUAACAGCGCAUGCGCCAUUACUCGCUUUUAAAAGAAUCGACUCCUUUAGUGAAUCGCUGCGGAUUCAUUCCGUUUGAAAGAAUCGAUUCCUCAAAGGAACCCGAGCUGAUCAGUUCAGUCUGUUUCAGUUUGUUUGUUUGUCUCUUGUUGGGAGUCGGGACGCGUACGAUCGCCUCAGCAAUGGCAGUUCGGGUGUGUCGCCGUGGUAACCGCUUGGCUCUGCACAUGCUCAGUAGGAGCGUGUCUCACAGCAGCGUGUCCAUCGAGACUCUGGGCGAGCUGGACUCACACACACAUGCGCCGUUCUCCCGCUCCGCCAUCGGGACGUUCUUUCAGGAGCGACCCCUGCUCACCAACCCAUUUACCCAGGAUGCACUGCUCCGAGCCUACCUGCAGCGCCACCUGCCUGUGCCGGAGGUGCACGGAGACCUGCGGCGCUUCGGCGAGCGUCUGGUGUGUGAGAUCGAGGCGCUGGGCCGCCAGUGUGAGCUCCACCCGCCCGUCCUGCAGCGCUACGACGCGUGGGGGAGACGCGUGGACCGCAUCGUCACCUGCGACGCCUGGACGCGCCUCAGACACGUCUCUGCGCAGGAGGGGCUGGUGGCGGCGGGAUACGAGAGGACAUAUGGAGAGUGGAGUCGUGUGUAUCAGAUGAGUAAGAUGUACCUGUUUGCUCCGUCGGCUGGACUCUACACCUGCCCGCUGGCCAUGACGGAUGGAGCUGCUAAAGUCAUCGAGUCUUUAGGUAUGCCGGCCAGAGAAGCGUUUGAGCGUCUGACCUCGCGUGAUGAGAAGAGAUUCUGGACGUCAGGACAGUGGAUGACCGAGAGGAGAGGAGGAUCUGAUGUCUCGAGUGGUACGGAGACGGUUGCCAGGCGACAGCAGGGCGAAUGGUUCAAGCUGUAUGGCUUUAAAUGGUUCACGUCGGCCACAGAUGCUGAUAUGACGCUCACGCUGGCCCGCGUCACAGAUGAACACGGACACACCACACCGGGCAGCAGGGGUCUGUCUCUGUUCCUGGCGGACGUCUGGGACUCUGACGGCUCGUCUAACGGGAUUGAGGUUCAGAGGCUGAAGGAUAAGCUGGGUACGAGGCAGAUGCCGACGGCGGAGCUGCUGCUGGACGGCAUGAACGCGCGGCUGCUGUCAGAGGAGGGCCGCGGCGUGGCCUCCAUCGCCAACAUGCUGACCGUCACUCGCAUCUACAAUACCGUGUGUGCGGUGGCCGCCAUGAGGAGGAUCGUUCAUCUGAGCAGGGAAUAUGCGUGUAAGCGCUCUGCGUUUGGGAAGCUGCUGAAAGAUCACGCGCUGCACGUGCAAACGCUCAGCAGAAUGGAGGUGGAGACUCGCGCUGCGUUUCUGCUGGCGAUGGAAGUGUGUCGUCUGUUGGGCCGCGAGGAGAACCAGAGCGCCAGUGAGAGAGAAACACUCCUGCUGAGACUGCUGACGCCCGUCGCCAAACUCUACACCGCUAAACAGGCGGUGUCUGUGGUGUCCGAGGGUCUGGAGUCUUUCGGCGGUCAGGGUUACAUCGAGGACACUGGGCUUCCCUCCAUGCUGCGCGACGCUCAGGUGUUGAGUAUUUGGGAGGGAACCACGAAUGUUUUGUCUCUGGAUGUUCUGCGCUCUAUAGCGAAGUCCUCUGGGUCGGUUCUCCAGGCGUUCUUCAGCGAUGCUGAACAGGAGCGUCUGCUGGCUGCUGAAGCGUCUCCUGCUCUGCGUCCGGCGCUAACGUCUCUCCGCGCGUCUCUCUCGGCUUUGAUGCAUUUCUGUCAGACAGCGGCAGCGUCUCGACCCGCGGGAUAUCUGGAGCUGUCAGCGAGAGACCUGGCCUACAGCCUCGCGCGCGUCUACAUGGGAGCGCUGCUGGUGGAUCACGCCGCAUGGGAGCACGCCACACACACCGACGUCCACGCGGCUCUGAGGUGGUGUGAUCAGGAUUUGUGUCCAGUGGUCAGUCGAGACGCUGCAGGUUGUUUUGACCCACAGACGACAGCAAUGGAUUCAGCGCUGGUGUACGACGGCCUGAAGCCUUAAACACACACACACACACGCACACACACACGCACACACACACUCAUUGUAUUGAUUGUGACGCUCCGCUGAGGCUGGAGUUCAUCAGCCGUUUGAUGGCAGUAGGUUUGGCUUUCAUGUCAGCAGUUACUCGCCUAUAUAGAAGAUUUUUCUUUGAGAUGAUUGAAUUGUCUGUUUGUGAUUGUAAUUCUGUUGAAUCGUGUUCUCAGAAGGGCUGUGAAAAUUGUCCCUAAAUAACUAAACAACAGAGACUGUCGACAGACUUGAAGAAACUAAAAUCAAGCCAAUAUUCUGCGUUCUUCUCUGUAAAUAUGAAGCUGAUGUGAUCCAUCUCAUAUUCACUUCCAUAAAACAAAGACGACACGAAUGUGUUCGGUGUGACGCACUGACUCCUUGUGCUUUUCCUGUUUAAAGAAAGAAAGAUUUAACCUCAAACCAGAUUAUUUUGAGAAUCCAGAUGAAGAAAACGCUUCAGGAGGUCAGAGGUCAUAUCAUGAGAAUACAGUACUGCUCUGUGAUUUGUAGUUUUUUAAGUCACCAUGAAAUCAAGAAUACUGCAGUGUUUAUUAUAAAUGAUUCAUCAUUAUUGUGUUAUAUUCAUGUUCCUCAUAAUCUUGAAUCAGAAUAUCUUCAUCUCUUCUCUGAUGACGAGGGCGGGGCAACCUGUCACUCACAUGAGAUCCACCAAUAGCAAACCACCACCAUCCAAUCAAUUCCCCACAGACAGGAUCAAGCCCCGCCCUACGUGUGUUAUGAUUAUAUACUGAUGAAAGUUAACGGUUCUGAUUAAAAUGUCAAAUGUAGCCUAAAUUAAA